AUGUUGGACACAAUGACAAAAAACAAUACAACUAUUUCGAUUUCAUCAAAUUCGGUUAAAUUUGUAGUAAAAUGUCGCGAUACAAAUUCAUUCAUGGCAAAUGUUAAUAUGGAUAAUAGCGGAGCAAUGACAAUGGAUAACAAUGAAACAACUGAUGAAAACUCAAAAGAUUUUCCAAUUGUCAUUGUAUUCGAUAAAUGUCGUUCUCGUACUAAUGGUCUCUUAUCUUUAUUUAAAUCAUUCUCAUCAGAUAUACCAAUGAAUAAUUCAGAAACUAAAUUUUCUGGUUUAUCAUUUACCAAGACAUUUCGUAUGAAUAUCAGUGAUGAUGUUCAAGAUGAAUCAAUGCAGAACAAUGAAACUAGUACUUUGGCUUAA